AUGGAGAAAAAAGAAGAAAAACUGGAUGAAGGAAUCAUUGAGUGGCCCCUCUUCCAGUAUGACUACCUCAGUGAAGAGGGUGUGAAAGCUGUUGGCGACGUUCCUGUCAAAGGAUCUUCAACGAAGUUGGCGACGUACCUGUCAAAGGAUCUUCAGUCUGUGUUGAAUGUGAGUAGAAGCCCUGAACGACAAACUUGGAUCGAUUGGAAAUCAUCAGAAAGGCUGAACCCUGAUCCGAUUGCAGAUUGUCGCACAGUGUGCUGA